AUGUCUCAACUCCAAGAGAAUCUCGACAAUGUGAACAAAGUGCUUAGCAGCUAUAGUGGACGCGAUAAAUUUGUUCGAACUCUUUCAUUUCUACUAUCGUUAAAAGCCCAAUCGUCACCGAAGAAGGAGGCUCUGCUAGCCCUCGCUAAGCAAUGCUCUGCAGCUCGAAUGGUAUUACGACAGUUCAAUCAUCCUUCUAUGAUCAAAGCUUGCCAGCAACUUCUGAAUACUACACCUUCUGAUCCCGUCGAUUAUGCUUGUACUGCCACCGUCACAGGCGUCUAUACUGUCUAUGGCUUCGUCGAACUAUUCGCCUGGUUGUCAGAUGCGAGAAUUGUCGCCCUAGACACCGCUAGAUUAUUCCGAUGGUGUCUCUACCUUUGGAUCACCGCGUUGGUCGCUGGAAUAAUUCGCCAAAUACGACUAAUAUCGAAGAAAGGUUUGGAAAAGGCCAACGAGGACAUUAUUACACUUGUGGGUCUUGCCAGCGACUUCAUGUUUGUGGCAAUGCGUAUUCUCGUAACAGGCGCCGCCGGCUUCAUUGGAAGUCACACAACGCUAGAAUUAGUCGAGGCUGGUUAUGAAGUGAUGUGUAUAGAUAAUUUCUCAAACUCAGUAUCAGAUGGUAAAGGGAAUGCUGUUUCUUUGCUCCGAGUAGCUGAGCUGGUUGGUAAAACGAUACCAUUCCAAGAGUGUGAUGUGUGUGACAUAGAGAAACUGGAUCAAGUUUUUGCCAAGGGCAAUUUUGAUGGCUUGAUACACCUUGCUGCCCUGAAAGCCGUUGGAGAGUCUGUUGAAAAGCCGUACGAAUACUACUCCAACAAUCUAACCGCUAGCCUCAACUUGAUAAAGAUGUGCCAAAAGUAUAAUGUCAAGAACUUUAUUUUUUCUUCAAGUGCCACUGUGUACGGAUCUCCUAAAGAAUUGCCAAUAACGGAGGAUGCCCCUACAGGACAGGGCAUUACUAACCCUUAUGGUCAAACCAAAUAUAUGAUGGAACAAAUAUUAAUCGAUGUUGGGAAAGCACAUCCCGAUUGGAACAUCGUUUUAUUGCGGUAUUUCAACCCAGUUGGUGCACAUCCUAGUGGAAGAAUAGGUGAAGAUCCACGAGGUAUUCCCAAUAAUCUUAUGCCUUUCGUUAGCCAGGUCGCAAUAGGCAGGCUACCAGUACUGAAGAUUUUCGGUGACAAGUGGGAUACCCCUGACGGUACAGGCGUUCGUGAUUACAUACACAUAGUUGAUCUUGCUCGCGGCCAUGUCAAGGCUCUGGAUAGGAUACAGAAACUAGGUCACAUUGGAACGGAGAUUUACAAUCUUGGCACUGGUAGAGGGUACUCCGUUAAAGAAAUGAUUGCUGCACUAGAAAAAGCUAGUGGUCGUAGAGUUCCUACCGAGAUUGGCGUUCCACGCCCGGGAGAUAUCGCUUGCGUCUACUGCGACCCCGCGAAGGCUGCAAAAAUGCUGGAGUGGAAGGCCGAAUUUGGUCUGGAUGAAAUGAGCCGGGAUCUAUGGAACUGGCAAACCCAGAAUCCGAAUGGUUUUUCACAAGCGUAACUCACAUAGAACAUUUCCAUACUAAUUUUUUUGUUGAGCACAUAGACUAGUUUUCAAGUGCAAUUGCCAUCAUCGCAUAGUAUUAGCAUCUUAUAUUGUGAUAGGAACUUGCUUUAUCGAGAUGACUUUCAUUCCAAGCUGUGUUGCCUCAUAGAGUGCCAGGUUUUAUCUUGCUUAUAUUUAUUCUAAUUAUCCAUGGCAAUAUGUUUGUAAAUUUUGAAGAUAUAGAAUAAAGUUCAGUUAUGGGU